AUGGGCAGGAUGAGCCCCCCCCACAUCUCCACAUGGUGCCACCGGACGGGGGCUCGGCCCUCCCCCUCCUAUGUGCACCGGGGCCGGGGGCCAAAGCCUCGGUGUUCCCCCGGGGCCGGUAUCUGUCCUCGUGUUUCCCCCACCGCGGGGCCGGGUUCCGUGUGUCCCAUCCGUGCCAGUGUCCGUCCCUAUGCCCCCCCACCCAGUGCCAGUGUUCCCCCGGUGCCGGUGUCCAUCCCCGUGCCCCGCCCCAGUGCCGGUAUCCGUCCCUGUCUCCACUCCCCGGUGCCGGUUUCCGUGUCCCCUCCGGUGCCGCUGUCCGUCCCUUCGUCCCCCCGCCCCGGUGCCGGUGUCCCUCCCGCUGCCGGUACCCUCCCGUCCGUGCUUCCUCCUCCCGGGAGGGGCGGGGCGCGCGGGGCCACCCCCCGUCACGUGCCUCCGGUCGCCGCCGCCGCGCGCACCGGGGGGAGGCGGGAGCGGCGGAACAUGGCAGGUACCGGCGGGGGCGCGCCCGGCACGCACCGGCCGGCGGGGACGCGCACAGGGCACCAGCGGGCGAGCGGGCAGCGGGCACCGGGCACGGGCAGCGGGCACCGGGCACGGCCAGGCGUGCGCGCACCCCCCUGCACCUGCGUGUGCGUGCACUGUCCCCCCCCAGUCGUGCACACGCGUGUGCCGGCCGCGCGUGCACACAGGCACACGCGAGUGCGCGGGCACGCGGGACCAGGGGUUACCCACGGGAGCGGAGCAGGGGGGGGCUGGAGGCAUGCGGGGGCGCUGGGGGCCGCCUCCCCCGGUGGGGACGAGUGUCUGGAGGAGGACGAGGACGAGCUGGAGCCGGGGCUGGACGAGGCGGAGGCGGAGCCGGAGGCCGGGAGCGGGGCGAAGGCUGCGGGGGGCACCCGGGGGGCCCUGCUGACCCGGCGAGGAAUCACCCUCCGGGUCCUGCUCCGGGACGGCCUCCUGGAGCCUGCCCGAGGUGUCCUCUCCAUAUACUACCUGGGCAAGAAGUUCGUGGGGGACCUGGGUGCAGAUGGGACCAUCACCUGGCAGGAGACAGGGCAGGUGUUCAACUCGCCCAGCGCCUGGGCCACGCACUGCAAGCGCCUGGUGAACCCUGCCAAGAAGUCUGGCUGCGGGUGGGCAUCCGUCCGCUACAAGGGGCAGAAGCUGGACCAGUACAAGGCUGCCUGGCUCCGCCAGCACCAGCCCAACGCCCCACCGGCCACAGAGGAGCAGAGCCUGGCCAGUGAGGGUGAGGAGGAGGAGAUGCCUGAGGAGGAAGAGGAGGAGGUGACGAGGGAAGGUCGGGUGCCCAUGCCAGAGCCAGCAGUGGCCAAAAAACCAGAGGAGAAGAGCAAGAAGCAGCAGUGCAAGAGCCUGGUGGAGCCAGCAGGGACAGAUCCUGGCCCCCCAGGGAGAAGGCUGGAGAGCAAACCCCGGGUGCCCGUCCGCUACUGCACCCUGGGCACCCGCGACUCGGCCAGGAACCCCCAAACCCUGGUGGAGGUGACAACCUUCGCUGCCAUCAACAAGUUCCAACCCUUCAACGUGGCCAUUUCCAGCAACGUUCUCCUGCUCCUGGAUUUCCACAGCCACCUGACACGGAGCGAAGUGGUUGGUUACCUGGGGGGGCGGUGGGACACCAACACGCAGCUGCUGACAGUGCUCCGAGCCUUCCCCUGCCGGACGCGUCUGGGGGAUGCUGAAGCUGCCAGCGUGGUGGAGGAGGAGAUCUGCCAGAGCCUGUUCCUGCGGGGGCUGUCCCUGGUGGGGUGGUACCACAGCCACCCCUUCGGCCCCGCGCUGCCCUCCCUGCACGACAUCGAUGCCCAGAUGGAUUAUCAGCUCAAGCUGCAGGGCAGUGGCAAUGGCUUCCAGCCCUGCCUGGCCCUCAUCUGCGGACCAUACUACCCUGGCAAUCCUGGUGUGGAGUCCAAAAUUGCACCCUUCUGGGUGAUGCCACCCCCAGAGCAACGGCCCAAUGACUACGGCAUCCCCAUGGAGGUGGAGGUGGCCUACAUCCAGGAUGGCUUCCUCACCAACGAUGUCCUGCAGGAGAUGACGCUGCUGGUGGAGUUCUAUAAAGGAGCUCCUGACCUGGUGAAGUUCCAGGAGCUGUGGAGUCAGGACCAGACCUACCUGGACAAGCUGAAGGGCUCCCUGGCCUCCCGCACCCCCAAAGACCAGAGCUUCACCCACAUCCUGGAGCAGAUCUACAGCCUGCUCAAGCUCAGCAGCUGA